AUGUUGAAGAAGAAGUUAGCCGCUGCGAAGAAGGAUGUUCUUGUUGCCAUGGUGAAUAUGGCACAGCAACGUGGAUUAAAAGGUUCUAAAGGAACUUGGCGUGAUUUUUUGAAUCUUCGCGACCAAAAGUUUGCAGAAAGUAGUCUCAGUGAUCCCAGAAAGAGAUCUGAUCAAGUCUUGGUUUCUUUUCUUGAAACAUUUACUAAACCGUCACACAUCAAGCUGUUGGAGAGAGUAUUGCAAGACCACUUCAAUCGUAAAGCAAUAUCUAAGUUGAACAAGAACAGUGCUGCUAGAGAUCUCAAAUCCUCGAAGCUGGUUCGUUUAACAUCCAGACACCCAGAAUAUGAAUCGAGCUAUUCCUUCUCUUCUUAUGAUGAAGAUUGGGUGAUGACGAGCAUGGGUAACAUGUCUAAAUCUAAUAAAAUGCUUGCUGUUGAUUGUCAGAUGGUUGAGUCUCAGGAUGAACCCAAUACAGAUUUACUGAAAGUUUGUGUUGUAGAUGAAAAUUUAGAGGUUAAACUGGAUAAGCUCGUGCACACGAACAAACCUGUUGAGGACUUGCAAGGAGAUACCUGUUCGUUAUCGGAUGUGCAGAAAUCGAUGAAAGAGCUCUUGUCUCUUGGUGCUAUUUUGAUUGGUCACAGACUGCAUCGUCAUCUAGAUGCACUGAAAUUGGCUCAUGCAAGGGUUAUUGAUACGUCGCUUAUCUUCAAAGGUGCGAAUGGCAAGAGGCCUUCGUUCAGGCGUCUGUGCAAGGAUGAUCUCGGUUGGAAUAAGGGUGCUCGACAUGACUGUCUGAAUAAUGCCCGUGCUGCAAUGAAACUGGUCCUCGGAUUUGAUGAUCAAGUACUCAUAAAGGACGACUCUGUUGAAAAUGAUUUAUCGAACCAACUUUUGCUUCACGGAAUGACAGUUCGUGUAUUUGAAGAAGAAUUACGUGCAAUAUUUAUGGAGGACUCUGCUGUUGUUCUCAAGUUGCAUGGAAAAAAGAAAAGCAAAAAGAACAGAAAAAAAAAUUAUUCUGCUAGCGCCAUUUUCAAAGAUCAACAUGAGGCGCAGGACGCAUUUCAAAGUAUUCAAGGUGUGGAAGGAGUGGAUAUCAAUGGUCUCCCACAGAAAAGUAUCUCAUUUCGACUCAAGAAUGGGGAUACAGCCCAUCUCUAUGUUCGUAAGAUGGUUAGAGAUGAUGAUAGUCCUCCUGCAGUACUCGACUCUUCAUCCAGAAAGAGACAGAUCGAAGAAAUAGAACCCAGCAGUGAGGAGGAGUCCAAUUAUAAGCUACAGAAGAAGAAUUCAACGAAUCUGUGCCAGGAUGAGCUCGGACAUGACGACAUAGGGGAGAAGGGUGCUGAAAAUGAUUGCCCGGAUAAUGCACUUGCUGCAAUGGAAGAUGAUCGACAUGAUUGA